GCGUUUGGACAGUCCUUCUCAAUUCACCGCAAAGUGGCUGAAGAUGGUGAAACACGUGAAGAGACUCUCCUGCAGGAAUCUGCAUCAAAGGAAGCUUAUUACCUAGGGAAGAUUUUGGAGAUGCAGAAUGAGCUGAAACAGAGCAGGGCAGUGGUCACCAACGUGCAGGCAGAGAAUGAGAGACUCACUGCUAUCGUCCAGGAUUUGAAAGAGAAUAAUGAAAUGGUGGAACUGCAGAGGGUACGAAUGAAAGAUGAAAUUCGAGAAUACAAGUUUCGAGAGGCGAGACUUCUACAGGACUACACUGAACUUGAAGAAGAAAAUAUCACUUUACAGAAACUAGUGUCCACACUGAAACAGAAUCAAGUUGAAUAUGAAGGCUUAAAGCAUGAGAUUAAACGCUUUGAGGAGGAGACAGUGUUGCUUAAUAGUCAGCUAGAAGAUGCCAUCCGGUUGAAAGAGAUUGCUGAGCAUCAGCUGGAGGAAGCCCUGGAAACUUUAAAAAAUGAAAGGGAGCAAAAGAACAAUCUGAGGAAGGAACUCUCCCAGUAUAUCAACCUCAAUGAUAGUAUGUAUAAUAACCAUAUUAAUAUAUCAGUAGAUGGAUUAAAGUUUGCAGAGGAUGGGAGCGAGCCCAACAAUGACGACAAAAUGAAUGGACAUAUCCACGGACCUCUUGUGAAACUCAAUGGUGACUACCGAACUCCCGCGGUUAGGAAAGGAGAAUCUCUGCACCCAGUCUCUGACCUCUUCAGUGAGCUCAACAUAUCAGAAAUACAGAAGCUGAAGCAGCAACUCAUGCAAGUGGAAAGAGAGAAGGCUAUUCUCCUGGCCAACCUUCAGGAGUCUCAGACGCAGCUGGAGCACACCAAGGGAGCCCUGACUGAGCAACACGAGCGAGUCCACAGGCUCACAGAGCACGUCAAUGCCAUGAGGGGGCUGCAGAGCAGCAAGGAGCUGAAAGCAGAGCUUGAGUGUGAGAAGGGCCGAGACCCUGGGGAGGAAGCACACGAUUACGAAGUGGACAUCAAUGGCUUGGAGAUCCUAGAAUGUAAAUACAAAGUAGCAGUUACUGAGGUGAUUGACCUUAAAGCCGAAAUCAAAGCCUUAAAGGAGAAAUAUAAUAAAUACGUGGAAAACUACACUGAAGAGAAGGCCAAGUAUGAGAGCAGAAUCCAGACAUAUGAUGAGCAGGUGACAAACCUGGAGAAAUCAACCAAGGAAAGCCAGGAAAAAAUGGUCCACAUGGAGAAGGAGUUACAAAGGAUGACAAGCAUAGCAAACGAAAACCAUAACACCCUCAACACCGCCCAGGACGAGCUGGUGACCUUUAGUGAGGAGCUGGCUCAGCUCUACCAUCAUGUCUGCCUGUGCAACAACGAGACACCAAACAGGGUCAUGUUGGACUAUUACAGGCAAAGCAGGGUCACCCGCAGUGGAAGCCUGAAGGGACCGGAUGACCCUCGAGGUCUCCUUUCCCCACGGCUCGCCAGAAGGGGAAUGGCAUCGCCAGUAGAAGCCAGGACCCCGACCGAGCAGGUGACGAAAGAGGGCACAGAGCCUGGCAAGGAACAGAGCCCAACAAAAACACCUACAAUUUCUCCUGUCAUCACAGCCCCUCCUUCCUCCCCAGUCUCCGAUACUAGUGACAUUCGCAAAGAGCCGAUGAACAUCUACAACCUCAAUGCCAUAAUAAGGGACCAAAUCAAGCACUUGCAGAAGGCUGUAGAUCGGUCACUGCAGCUGUCGCGCCAGCGCGCAGCGGCUCGGGAGCUGGCGCCCAUGAUUGACAAAGACAAGGAAGCCUUAAUGGAAGAGAUACUGAAACUGAAAUCACUCCUGAGUACAAAGCGGGAGCAGAUAGCAACCCUGAGGGCAGUGCUGAAAGCCAACAAGCAGACAGCUGAAGUGGCAUUAGCCAAUUUGAAGAAUAAGUACGAAAAUGAAAAAGCAAUGGUGACUGAAACCAUGACCAAACUACGAAAUGAACUCAAGGCUUUGAAGGAAGAUGCAGCAACCUUCUCAUCCUUGCGAGCAAUGUUUGCAACCAGGUGUGAUGAGUACGUCACGCAGCUGGAUGAGAUGCAAAGGCAGCUAGCAGCUGCAGAGGAUGAGAAGAAGACCCUAAACUCUCUGCUGCGCAUGGCUAUCCAGCAAAAACUUGCCCUCACCCAGCGACUGGAGGAUUUAGAGUUCGACCAUGAGCAGUCCCGACGCAGCAAAGGCAAGCUUGGAAAGAGCAAGAUCGGCAGCCCUAAAUUUCUUGUAGAUUGUCAGCAGCCUGCUGCCUCCAUACCGCCACACGGCUCACAACUAGCCAGGGGGCCCGAUUGCCAGACUGUCAGUCCUAAUGCUCUUCCAGAAGAGCAGCCACAUUCCAGCUCUCAGUGUGCCCCUCUCAACUGUCUCUCUAAGCCUCCUCCUUACCCCUAAUCUUCAUAUGCAACGUAAGAGAAAAUGCAAACAGAGUGGAGUUGAUGCAACAAGGGUUCGGGUUGUUCCCAGCGAGUCGGCAGACAAUCCUGCCUUGUUGCUGCGUUGACAAGCCUGGAUUCAAAUCCACUGUGUUCUGGCAACGGGAGGGAAGGUUGAGAAGAAGAACACAAAGCACAGAGCCCAACCUAUCAAGAAGACUUUUUAUGGUUCCUCUGAUUGUAUCCAAACUUUGCUAUCACAGUUACAGUGUAGUGAAAUUUAACAUCUUGACAAAGUGUUCCUCCCAGCUGCUUGGCUUUACCUCUGAAAUACUGAGAGACUUAAGCCAAUAUUUAAGAAAGUAUGUUACAAAAAUCCUACCCUCCCGUCCUAUAAGUUCAGCCAUAGGAACCAGUUCAAAUUUCCUUUUGUCGUUAAGAGUGUGGUAUUUAUUUCUUCCUCUAUUUGCACCAUAAUUUUGUGUUUAUAAAAUACAGUCUUUUUUUUGAGAGAGUUGUAUUUAAUUCAUUUUAUUUUUUAAAAAACAAGCAGAAAUAGCUUAAAUGAAGAAUGACUGAGUUAAUAUUAAAAAGGAGGCUUGUUGCAUUGGCCAGCAUAUGGCCAAUUUGUAUUGCACAAAAAUGUUGGAAAUGGGUUGAAUUGGAAAGAUAACGAUGACUGUAUAUUUUGCUGCUGCACUGAUAUUGUUUAUGCACUUAUUUUCUAAUUCCUAUUAUGCUAGCUUCCGGUUUUGUUGUAGCUCUUCACUGAAAGAAUUAUUAAGCCUAAGAAGGAGACAAAAGGAUGGUGUAUUGAUUUGUUUUCAAUUGUUGCUUACAUCGUAAUUAUAUUUUUGCAUUUCAGACAAGUAGAUGAAUUGGUGCUGUUUUUUGGGGUUACUUUCUAUUUGGUAUCUGAGAAAGAAUAUAUAAAACAAGUAAAAUGUUGUGUGCUAAUUAAAAACAUUCUUUCCUCCUGCUCCCAUAUUCAGGAUACUAGCUCGAGGCCUUACCGUGAAAGGCUAGUGUGAAUGGCAAAGUUGUAUGCAUUUUGUGUGAAGUACUCUGUGGUGGAAUAACUCCUGCAGGUGAGGUUAACGGUGUGGAUCAAAGGUGGUAGGAUUUUACUGUAGUGCAUUUUUUCCUUGCCAAAAAUCGACAGAUACAGAACCUUAGCUCAUGUCAGUUUAUGACAAAUACUCAGGUGAUCUACGCUACACAGAUUCUAUUGCAACAGUGCACAGUGUUCCUAGUUAAAGAUUCUUUCCUGCAAAAGCUCAAUAAAUCUGUUUUUUUUUCUUUUUUUUAAUAGUGGAUUUCAGAACAAAAUCAAGGAUUGCAGAAUUUAUUUUGCACAGUACCUGACAGCAAGGCAAGUGGCUAAGGAAGAUGUAGUGUUUCAGCAUCUAUGGGCUUCCUCUCUGGUCAUCAGAUAGAAAAGAAGUCCUCAGUACUGCCCAUUUGUUGGUAAUUAGCAGACUCCUUGCUCUUUGUCAGGUGGCCUUAAUUUAUUUACAGAUGAAAAGCUUAGGUUUUUCCACAUCACUCUGUUCCCUUCUCUGCAGCGUCAGUAUGAUCUACAGGCUCAAAAGACAGGACAGCCUAAAGUGCAGCUCAGUUGAAAAAAAUUGCUGCAGAGAUGGUUGGAAUAAUUCCUUCAUGUUUUUGCCUGUAUCUGAGAAAACAAACUCAGUCGGCUGUCACUAACAGCGCUAACCAAAUGUUAUGAUACACAGAGCAUCAGCAGAGGAAAGAAUCAGUGACCAAUCAGUGUGCCUAACUAUCAUUAUCACCAUAGUACCAGUAAUGAAGGUGCUGUAAAUAGAAAUACUCUAUGUAAUCAACAGUGUAUGUCGUGUAACCUUGGCAAAGCAGCUGAGCUAUUGUAACGAAACAUUCAGAGUCAGAGGUGGAGAAAAUAGGAGCAAACUGACAUCAAAUUCUGAUCGGAUCAAACAGACAACAGUUUGCAGUGUUUCUGCUUCGGUUUCUGUGCAGUUCACACGAUUCUUGUAUACAUUUACAUAACUAUUUAGUAUCAUACUUAAUCUACAUGUUGUCUUGUCAUAGGAAAGUCAAGUAAAACUUGUUUAGCUCUAUCAUAUUUUUUGGCACUGAGAUUAGCUGCUAUUUUGAUUUUUACUAAAGAAACGUUUUGCCUGAGGCGAAUGUUGCCUUUAAAAAGCGUCUCAGAAUUCCUGACCUUGUCAGACUGCUGUAUUAGUACUCUGCAGUGGUGAUGUCUAUGUAUGUCCAACAAAGACAGCUACUGUAUAUUGUUCAGUGGAAAAAGAAUUUGCAUUGCACAUUGAAUACAGUUACUGCAAGCAGUACUUGGAAUAUUUUUACCUAGUUUCAUAUCCAAACCAAAACAUUUUUCCCUGAAUUUAAAAGCUAAAUUGACCAGAAAUUCAGUGAAAUACGUUUCCUUUCUAUGUAUGAAUUUAUUGGGGAAAAAAAAUCCUUGUAUUGGAACAUUUGUUUAGUAAUGCAUUUGUUUGCAAUUGUGAUUUGCAAAGCAAAUUUGGGAAGUUGAAACAUUGUGCUGGUAUGUCCAUGUGGAUCAAGAGUUACAGAACAGCAUCCAGUGGUUUAGAAAUUGUGGCCAUGUUUUGUAGAAAUAAGUGGGUUUAUUAAAUUUUUUAUUCUCUUAAGCUUUAAACUCUUCAUUUCUAAUUUUUCAAUUUAUAUUUUUUAAUAUAAUAAAACGUAAGUGUUGGAAAAUUAACAGAACUAGAAACAAAGCAGCUUAAAUGUAUAAAUGACUGUAGUUAUUGCAUUGUAAGUUAUAAAACUGUGUAGGUCCCCAGGACAGCUUUUGUCAGUUAAUCAGUACAAAUAAAAUAUAUAUCUUGAACCUGAGAUGAUAAACUCUUCUUUAUUAUCUUACGAUUGAUGACAUACAACUUUGUGAGAUAUUUGGUAGGAGGUAUUUACUGCAGACAAAAACAAAAGCCAGUUUUUUAAGAGUUGCGAAAUACUAAAUUUCCCUCAUUUAAAAUUAAUUUCCAAUGUGUUGAUAUCUAUUUUGAUUUUUAAAGAUUAAAAAAAUAAGAAAAAAGAUGCAUAUAUUUUCUAAAGGUCGUGUUUGCUUAAAAAUGCUGAGGUAUGUCCUACACAGGAAGAAGUGACUUUCAAAUCCUGCUCUGUCUUUCAUGUCUGAAAUGCAGCUUUUGUUCUCUAGGAGAGCCUUGAAAUUUCUUUGGGUUUGGAAUAGUCCGUUCAGAUCUGGGGCGGUCUGUUUUGGGCUUUAUUUUCUCACACAGGAGAAAAAAGUUUUCCUUGUUCAGUGAAACGAUCCACUUCUGGAAAUCCAGUUUGUAGGAAAUAUGUGAAAUAAUGAAACCAAUGUAUAGAUUAAAAUGUAAGUAGAGAAGAAGAUGAAUGAAUAAGAAAUUGUAAAAUGUCGUAGUAUGAAAAAUGUAUUGGAUCAGUCAGAAGGUAAAUGGAAGGUAAAUUCUAUCGGUCAGAAGGUAAAUCUUUUUUUACAAAAAGAAGAAAUAUUGUCAUUUCUCAUGCUAACCGUGCAGAAGUUUCUGCCUUCUAGAUGGAGGCAAUAGUUAAAUUCUUUCUGCUUGAUCUGACUGACAGGUUGGCAUCUGUGCGCUUGCUCCAUCCACGUUUUUCCCAGUAAAUUAAUGUAAUCAUAGCUAUACAGUAGGGUUCAUAGAACGAAGCUGUAGUUAAGGUAAUGCUGCAAGUUUUAAUGAUGACUUUCAGUUUAUUUCCAAUUAAAAAGGAUUCUGAAGUUGUUUUAGCCAUUUGCCAUAUUUAGGUGUAAACAAAAAGGAGAUUACGUUAUGAAAUACAGUCUAGACCUCAUCUAUGAAGGCUGCCCAUGAAAAUUAUGUUGCGAAUGCUUAAGUACAGCUGUUAGGAAAGCGGGACCCACUGGGGACGACCCACCCAAGCCUGGGCCCAUCACUCGGCGUGCAGCGUGGAAGUCGGUAGGAGUUGUGCUGCCCGUUCCAGUAUAGCUGGAUCGAGAUCAUCACAAGGUAUAGAUUAUGUCAACCCCUUGGAGGUCUGUUUCCCUCCUCUGGUGGAAGAUGCACAUCCACUGAGGUUACAGUGAACUUAUUUCUUUCUGUAUUUCAGAAGUCUUUGUUUGAAAAUGGCAGGGACUGACGUUUUACCUUUGAAGUAUGACCAUUGCUAUAGUUACCUCUUUAAAAACUACAGUCAUCACUUUUCUUCAGUUUUCUGUCACUGUGUGUGCAGUGCAUCUGAAAGGGAUAUACAGUGUUCAGACUUUUUUUAACCAUUGGGGGGCUGUUUUUUUUAAUAUAAUUAAGCAUCCUGUGGGAAAUAAACAAAAAAGCAAAUGCCUUUCGCCUUAAGGCACGAAUGCAUCUAAAUAUGCAAUGUAAAAUGCGUGCAUGAGAUUCUUAACAUCAUGUAGCUUUUCCAUAUCCACGAUUAAGCUAGAAAAUUCUUAUUUGUUGCGUGAUCUGCAUAUUCCUCAUGUUAGAAAGGCAAGAAGACUAUCGCACGGAGUCUGUAUCUUUCAUUCGGAGAUGCAGGGCUUAAAUCUGCAUUGGAUUUUAAUCUGUUUCCUGUGGAGUUCUUGCAAAUCCCCUCCAUGAAAUCUAACAGCACCCAAGUGACGGACUGACAAGAGGUAAAGGAAAAAUCCUAUAUUCCAUGGCUGGAGUUAAUGUGCAGGCAGACUCUGGGUGACAGGGCCCUGUGUUUCAAAGAGUGUCUUUCUGUGAAGGCUUGUGUUGGUUUUGCUCAUCAUUAUUAGCUGUAGCGGAAACAGUGGAGAAGAGUACAUGUUUUUUCUCAGCAUUAGUAAACUGAAUUAAAUAGAUUUUUUAUAAAAGCUGUAGCUGUUUUGAUUUCAAGAAUAUUUUGGAAAUUAAUGAACACAAGAGAUUGAUACAAGUUUCAAGUAGACUGAUUUGCUAACUGAGCUGUUACUUCAUCAGCUAUGAAGUAGAAAUAAGAGUAAUCUAGCUUUUUAUUUUCCUAUUCACAGGUAUGGCCAUUUGUGUGCCAUGCCAGUGGAUAAAUUAAGUCCAUUUUAUUAGUUAUUGCCCUAUUGACUUAAGCCCUGUGGUUUGACUGUUAAUGGGUUAAUUACCUUGCUCCUUUGUAAACAAUUCAAAACAAGGAAAACUGAUGUUUUGUGACUUUUGUAAUCUAUUGAAUGUUCCCAUUUGCAUGACGUUCUGUAUCUAAUGAACCAAACAGGUUGCUGUGUUCCUUUCAGAAGAGUUUUAAAAUUGGUGGUGCUUGUGGAAAAACACAAAUUUGUAUACUGUAUGUUUACUGCUGUAAUAACUCAGCUACUCCUAUGUUGAAUUGACGUUAUGUUGUCCUGCCUUCUUGGGGUUAAAUGAUGGAGUGUUUCUAGGUGGUGAAGAAUAUGGAAGUAUAUAUGUUCAUUUGCUAAAGACUGAAUAUUGGAAACUCUUCUUGUUGCUACUUUAUGCUAAAAGCAAAAAAUUUAAUUCUUGUUUCCAAAAAAAUGCAUCAUUUGUUUUUUAAAAUUGAAGUAAUUCCCAUGUUAACUCGUCCUUGUAGACAAUCCUAGGUUAAUGCCUUGUGAGGGAUUCAUAAAGUCUGUGCUUGUACAUGUGUAAUAUGAUCAUGCAGUCAAAUGGUUGGGAAAAACACUCUAGUGCUAAAGAAAAUAAUUAAAAGAAGCCAAUAUACUGAUUCUUACAUCUUUAUGUUCAAAUUAAAAUUACAGUGUAAUGCAUAACUGUUCCAGUGAAUAAACUGGCCAUUUUUGUUCAUUUAA